AUGUCAUUGAUUGCUGCUUUAAUUAUCGGUACAGGUCAUGAAUUAGAAGAUGAAAUAGCUUAUCAAUUAGGAAAAAAAGGUAUAUGUGUUUUAUUUUGUGCGAACAAUGGAAAUAAACUUGAACGAGUAAUCAAGACAUUGAACGAUGAAGAUAUCGAACCUAAAUUUAUUGUAUUUGAUACUAUUGAUCUUAAAACAAUUGACAAAAUAGUUGGACAAAUUGAUGAACAAUUCGGAAAAUUAGAUAUAUUAAUUAAUGUUGGAAUCUUACUUGAUAAUGGUCAAUUUAAAAUAAAUAUUAUGUCACGUGAAGGAUUUGAAGCAAAAGAAUUUUUUGAUACAUUGAAUGUAUCACAAGUAUUUACACCGUUGCUUCAAAAAUCUCCUUCCAGUUGUAUAAUUAAUGUCUAUGGUAAAAUGAAUGAUCAAAAUUCUAGAUUCAAAUCAUUAACUGGAUUAUUUCAGGAUUAUUCAUCAAAAAUUGCUUUACAUCAAUUUAUCGAUCAUUUUAAUAAACAAUUUAGUAAUUCAAAUAUCAAAAUUAAUUCUGUUACAAUUGGUGAUGAUAAGAAUGUUCAAACCAUACAAGACGAAGCUAAUCGUAUUGUUCAUUUAGCAUUAUUGCCUUUUGUUCAGCCUUCAAAAUCUAAAACAAUGCGUAUUCUUUAUGGCGUAGUGGGCGAGGGAAUGGGUCAUGCAACACGAUCUAAAGUCGUUCUUGAAAUGCUUAUGAUGGAAAAACAUCAUGUUAAAGCGGUAGUAAGUAAUCGUGCAUAUAAAUUUCUUCAUGAAAAUUUUUCAAAUCGAUUUCCACGUUGUGCCACAGCAAGAGAAGAUGAAGCAGCAAUAGAUAUAGUCGAAAUCGAAGGUUUAACAAUGCAAUAUGUUAAUAAUGUAUUUGAUGAGAAAGCUUCACUAUUACACACCAUGCAACGUAUGCCAAAUAUGCUUCAGAAAAAUAUGGGUGCAUAUUAUCAAAAUCUUGUUUUUUGGAAACCUCAAGCUGUUAUUAGUGAUUUUGACAGUUUCGCUUACAUUUUUGCUAAGUCACAUGGACUUCCCAUUCUUUCGAUCGACAAUCAACACGUUGUGCAGCGAUGCUUAAUUCCAGACGAAGCUCGAAAAUCUAAUCCAACAGCAUACAAUACAUAUAAAGGCUUUGUCAAAGUCAAACUUCCAUAUUGUGAUCAAUACAUCAUUACUGGGUUUUUUACUCCUGACAUUCGUGAUAAAUACAAAUCUAUAACCGUUCUUGUUCCACCAAUUCUUCGUCAGGCUAUUCUUGAUGCAAAACCAUUACCAGCUGAACAGGGUGAACAUUUUCUUGUUUAUCAAAGUAGCAAAAGUGACACAUCUCUUAUCUCUAUUUUACAAGCUUUUGGCGAAAAAUGUAUCAUUUACGGACUUGGUCGAGAAGAAAAAAUCGGUAAUCUGGAAUUCAAAGGUUUUUCUGAGCAAGGUUUUGUGGAUGAUUUGGCACGUGCCAAAGGUGUCAUUGCCAAUGGUGGACUUUCGCUUAUGAACGAAGCACAACCAACAUUUUCACUUUCUGUUUCAACGAUACUGUGUGAUAAGAAAUUAUUCUUCACAAACAGACUUGUAUCCAUAACUAUGCAACCCAUUAUUUUGUAUCAAAUUUCAUCUUCGCAUUUUGUUGAUAAAGUUCGUUGGACACUCGAGUACAAACGCUUACCAUACGCAACAGUUGCUUUUAAUGUACUCGGUAAUACACCAGGACUCGAACGUGCACCAUCGAAUAUGCAAAAACUCGUACCGAUAAUCGAAGAUCCGAAUAACAAUAACAAAUUUAUUUCGGAUUCCACACAGAUUUUGAUCUAUCUAGAUGAACAUUAUUCGGAUGCAACAAAUCAAUUAUUUCCAAUUGCCUUCAAGCAACAAUUAAUCAAUUAUUGUAUAAGAUUAGAUUCUUCGUUGGGUUUAUAUGCAAGACGUUUAGGUUACUUACAACUCCUCAAUGAAAAUCCGACUAUAUUGAAUGUGAUAAUUGAGGAACAAUCGGAUGAUGGUUGGAAAUCAUAUUUUAAAGGCAUUGCAAAAUGUUGUAUUAUAAUAGCACGUUUGCGUAUUCAUCGUAUUAAAGAAGACCAAAUUUACGAGAAAACAGAAAAUUUAUUAACAGAAUUGACCGAAGAUGUUCGAGGCAAAGAAUAUUUAUUUGGCAAUCAAUUCACAGCUGCUGAUUUGACAUUGUGUGCAUUAGUGAGACUUCUGGUAGGAGUACCCUAUUUCUAUACAAAUCCGAAAUAUCAAAUAUUAUUCCAAUAUCAUGAUCGAAUGAGAAAAAAACAUGAUCCUCAUCGACAGGCUUCAUUGGCUGAACGUCUUCUUGCUGAAAAUCGCCGUAAACCACCACCAUCAAAAUUUAAAAUAUUUCUACAACGAAUUAAUAUUGUCAAAUUUAUCUUUUAUUAUUUCAUGACAAAAAUCGUGAAUUGGGGCAUUUUUGCUACUCGUUCAACAACUAGUGCAGCUAAUGCUGCACCAAGAUUUGCAUACCAUGUUACGCUGCCCGGUGGUUUUGGCAACCAGUUUGAUGUGUUUUGGUUCACAUAUUUAAAACACGCGUCAGCUAACGAUUCAUUGUAUGCAUCAUCACCUGGUCGAACAUGGCUAUUUUGCGCAUCAGGAAUGACAUUAAUCGAAGCCGAGUGA